CGCGGCGCGUCCGUCAGCGCAGGGGGCGGGGCGGAUAUAUUACGUGCGCGGCGCCGCCCCUGCGAGAGGACGUUGCGUGCUCGCUCGCGCCAGGCGAGUCUCCGCGUCUCCCUCGCGAACUCGGUGAAAGGAAUUGGCGCCGUUUGACACCAGGCGGGUCCGCUCUGCAGCACGAACCCACCUCCAGCCGCAGCCGCCGCCCGGGCCGAGGAGCAGCCGCAGCAGCCGCCAUCCGUGGCCGAGCGAGCGGAGCCGAGUCAGAGCCAGCGCCUAGCGGUGAAUCGGGGCCCUCACCAUGAGUUCCUCGCCUGUUAAUGUAAAAAAGCUGAAGGUGUCGGAGCUGAAAGAGGAGCUCAAGAAACGGCGCCUCUCGGACAAGGGCCUCAAGGCCGACCUCAUGGAGCGACUCCAGGCCGCGCUGGACGAGGAGGAGGCCGGCGGCCGCCCCGCUAUGGAGCCCGGGAACGGCAGCCUUGACCUGGGCGGAGAUUCCGCCGGGCGCUCGGGAGCGGGCCUGGAGCAGGAGGCCGCGGCCGGCGGCGACGAGGAGGAGGAGGAGGAGGAAGAGGAGGAGGAAGGGAUCGCCGCCCUGGAUGGCGACCAGAUGGAGCUAGGGGAAGAGAACGGGGCCGCGGGGGCGGCGGACGCGGGCCCGAUGGAGGAGGAGGAGGCCGCCUCGGAAGACGAGAACGGCGACGACCAGGGCUUCCAGGAGGGCGAAGACGAGCUCGGCGACGAGGAGGAAGGCGCGGGAGACGAGAACGGCCACGGGGAGCAGCAGUCUCAACCGCCGGCGGCGCCACAGCAACAGCCCCAGCAGCAGCGCGGGGCGGCCAAGGAGGCCGCGGGCAAGAGCAGCGGCCCCACCUCGCUGUUCGCGGUGACGGUGGCGCCGCCCGGGGCGAGGCAGGGCCAGCAGCAGGCGGGAGGUAAGAAGAAGGCGGAAGGCAGCGGAGGCGGCGGUCGCCCCGGGGCUCCGGCGGCGGGAGACGGCAAAACGGAACAGAAAGGCGGAGAUAAAAAGAGAGGUGUUAAGAGACCCCGAGAAGAUCAUGGCCGUGGUUAUUUUGAGUACAUUGAAGAGAACAAGUAUAGCAGAGCCAAAUCUCCUCAGCCACCUGUUGAAGAAGAAGACGAACACUUCGACGACACAGUGGUUUGUCUUGAUACUUAUAAUUGCGAUCUACAUUUUAAAAUAUCAAGAGAUCGUCUCAGUGCAUCUUCCCUUACUAUGGAAAGUUUUGCUUUUCUUUGGGCUGGAGGAAGGGCAUCUUAUGGUGUGUCAAAAGGCAAAGUCUGUUUUGAGAUGAAGGUUACUGAGAAGAUACCUGUAAGGCAUUUAUAUACAAAAGAUAUCGACAUACAUGAAGUACGGAUUGGUUGGUCACUAACCACAAGUGGAAUGUUGCUUGGUGAAGAAGAAUUUUCUUACGGGUAUUCUUUAAAAGGAAUUAAAACAUGCAACUGUGAGACUGAAGAUUACGGAGAGAAGUUUGAUGAAAACGAUGUGAUUACAUGUUUUGCUAAUUUUGAAAAUGAUGAAGUAGAACUCUCUUACGCCAAGAAUGGACAAGAUCUUGGCAUUGCCUUCAAAAUUAGUAAGGAAGUUCUUGCUGGACGGCCACUGUUUCCACAUGUUCUUUGCCAUAACUGCGCAGUUGAAUUUAAUUUUGGUCAGAAGGAAAAGCCAUAUUUCCCAAUUCCUGAAGAUUAUACUUUUAUCCAGAAUGUUCCCUUAGAAGAUCGAGUUAGAGGACCAAAGGGGCCUGACGAGAAGAAAGAUUGUGAAGUUGUCAUGAUGAUUGGCUUGCCAGGAGCUGGAAAAACUACUUGGGUUACUAAACAUGCAGCAGAAAAUCCUGGUAAAUACAACAUUCUUGGAACAAAUACCAUAAUGGAUAAAAUGAUGGUGGCAGGUUUUAAGAAGCAAAUGGCAGAUACUGGAAAACUGAACACACUCUUGCAGAGAGCUCCGCAGUGUCUUGGAAAGUUUAUUGAGAUUGCUGCCCGUAAAAAGCGAAACUUUAUUUUGGAUCAGACAAAUGUGUCUGCUGCUGCCCAGAGAAGAAAAAUGUGCCUGUUUGCAGGCUUUCAGCGAAAAGCUGUUGUAGUUUGUCCUAAAGAUGAAGACUAUAAGCAGAGAACACAGAAAAAAGCAGAAGUCGAGGGAAAAGACCUACCAGAACAUGCAGUCCUCAAAAUGAAAGGAAACUUUACGCUGCCAGAGGUAGCUGAAUGUUUUGAUGAAAUAACAUAUGUUGAACUUCAGAAGGAGGAAGCCCAAAAGCUUCUGGAGCAAUACAAGGAAGAAAGCAAGAAGGCUCUUCCUCCAGAAAAGAAACAGAAUACUGGUUCUAAGAAGAGCAAUAAAAAUAAGAGUGGCAAGAACCAGUUUAACAGAGGAGGUGGCCAUAGAGGACGUGGUGGAUUCAAUAUGCGUGGUGGAAAUUUCAGAGGAGGAGCUCCUGGUAAUCGUGGAGGAUAUAACAGGAGGGGCAAUAUGCCACAGAGAGGUGGUGGUGGAAGUGGUGGAAUUGGCUAUCCAUAUCCUCGAGGACCUGUUUUCCCCAGCCGAGGUGGUUACUCAAACAGAGGGAACUACAACAGAGGUGGAAUGCCCAACAGAGGGAAUUACAACCAGAAUUUCAGAGGACGAGGAAACAAUCGUGGCUACAAAAAUCAAUCUCAGGGUUACAACCAGUGGCAGCAGGGUCAAUUCUGGGGUCAGAAGCCAUGGAGUCAGCAUUAUCACCAAGGAUAUUAUUGAAUACCCAAAUAAAACGAACUGAUACAUAUUUCUCCAAAACCUUCACAAGAAGUCGACUGUUUUCUUUAGUAGGCUAACUUUUUAAACAUUCCACAAGAGGAAGUGCCUGCGGGUUCCUUUUUUAGAAGCUUUGUGGGUUGAUUUUUUUUUCUUUUCUUUUUUGUACAUUUUUAAUUGCAGUUUUAAAGUGAAUCGUAAGAGAACCUCAGCAUUGUGCACGAUAAGAGAAUGUGUCAGUAUUUCAGGGUUCUACAUUUUAUCUGUAAAAUGUGACUUUUUUUUUUAUCACAACAAAAGUAAAAUGUUGCUUUGUACCUGGUGUCUUUUAUUAAGAAUUUACUCCCCCAUUCUCAGAGAUAACAGUCGGGAGUCAUUGUCACAAUAUAAUAGAAAUGUUAGCAACCAGAUUCAUGUCAGGACCAAGUGGUCCUCAUGAAUCGUGUUAAGACUCUGUACUGCUCAUAUUACACUCCAUCCUCUCUGUAGUUCGCUGAGUAGUGGAGGGGGUAAGCUAAAUAGUUUUUGAUGAUAACCGGGAAGGACUUUUCUUUUAAACUAGCAAUGGAAUUGGCAUAUUGGGGAUGAAGAUAAAAAUUGGAACCAAGAUAGAGAAGAUGGAGUGUAUGUAGAAGGGCUGUUAAAAAUGUAAAACUUGGUUGCAUUAUUUGUGGAGGCUCAAACUUGUGAAGGUUAAUACCAUAAUUUUUUCAUUUGUUCUGCAUUUUGAUUCUGAAAAGAAAGCUGGCUUUGCCCAUUUCUUAUUAAAAAAAACUUGUUGUAAAUCCAGUUGUCUAAUGGGAUCUAUAUGAAGUUAGCUAUGUCUGUAUUCCCUUCUCCCACAAAAUACUGUAUAACUAGUGUGCUUGUAGUAGUUAACUCCACCAUCUUUGUAAGCUAAUGAAAUUGUGAGUCACCCAUUUAUAUCUUAAUUUUUAAUCAUGUCAGUUCUUGAAUGGGUAUCUCCUUAGCCUGCUGAUUUCUUUUUCUUUCUAAAGAAAGUGGGUGGAGAAAUUAAUUUAGACGUUUGUUUGCAAUAAAAAGAAUUCAUUUUA